CAAACCUUUCAUAUUACAUAUACAGUACUUUGCUUUGUUUCAUCCAUGUAUAUAGCUCUCUACUGGAUUUUGAAUGGAAUAAUGACAUUCAACACUGGUGGGCGGGUGAAACAAAGCCUAAAAAUAGAAAAAGGCUGUAAAUUCCUGCUACUUCUUGCCAUCUAUGACAACAGCUAUGUAACAUGAAGGUAAUAUACACUCAUUGGACAAUUUAUUUGGUACACAUGCAUUAUCUAAUGAUAGCUAAAUAAAGCAGUAUUAGAAAUCCUACCUCUGAAAAAACGAGUAUGAGGACUUUUGAUUUAUAUUUGAUUUGUAUUUAUUUCAGAUGAUGUCACAUUGAAUCAAAUUCAAUUUCCAAGAUGUUCUUGUUGUACAUGAGCUGUAAAGCAAGGAUACAAAAGACCUGAAUUUCAAGAAUUUUAUAAGGAUCAAAGUUAUAAAAAGAAAAAGCAAAGCUAAAAGCUUGGAUCAUAGAGUAGCGUGUUUGGCAAGGAGAACAAGGAAAGAGACCAGGAUGACUCUUCAGUGGACAGUAGUGGCCUUCUUUCUCUAUGCAGAGAUAGCCGUCAACCUCAUCCUGUGCGUCCCAUUGAUAUCAGCACAGAGAUGGCGUUCGGUUUUCAAUUGGAGAAUAUGGAAGUGGUUAUCACCUUACUGGAACAAGUGCUUCUUCACCAUGAUCAUGGUUCUCGUUGUUCUUUUCCUUGAUGCUACCCGCGAGGUGCACAAGUACUCGAGCCCCGAGCCUAUGCGAGAAGCUACCGCAAACUCCAAUCUCUCCGAUCACCUUCACAUGAGGCUCUUCAGAGCUCAGCGGAACCUCUACAUCUCGGGCUUCUCGCUUUUCCUGUGGCUUGUCAUACGGCGGGUAAUCAUCUUGCUCAACCAGGUGGCUGGCUGGGUGGAGAACAAUGCUGGUCUUCAGGCGCAGAUGGAGAACGCUGCCAAAGCUGUCAAACAGCAUCAAGAGCACAAUCGUGUACUCAAACAAACUCUCUUAGAUGAGGAAAAAGUCAUUUCAGAAAAUAAUCAGCAGCUGAAGCUUGAAGUUGAAAGCCUGUCCAGUCAGCUGAAGAUGGCAGAAGAAGUCCUGCUUGUGUGUGCAGCUGUGCACAAGUCCCACGCGGAGGUGGAGGCCAUGAGCAGGCAAGCCAAAGGUCUGGCCCAAGAAUACGAACGACUACUGACCGAGCAUCAUCAGCUCCAGAAUCUUCAGAGUGCUACAGACAAAAAAAUCCAAUGAUACAUGCAGAAGGAUACUGCAAGUUCUUUAAGUGGAAGUGGACAUAUGUGUUUUUUAUUGUUUACAUAUAGAUAGAGUGGUAACUUAUAUUUUGAGUUACAAGCUACCACUUUGUUGAUUUUUUUUUUUUUUUGUUGCUGUGUUGCGAACUAAAAUGUGAGCUACAAGUAAGACUCAGAUAUAUUGCUGCUCAAGUGAAGAGAAAAAGAAUGGAAAAUUUAUUAAGGUACUGUAUAGCCAUUUGCAGAACAAGACAAACAGUCAAACACACAAAUGCAAAAUCAGAAACACUCACAAGGACCUGCCGUAGGAAGCAACUAACUCAUCCCUCACACCCAGCAACCCGACUGCGCCUCAUGACAUCACUCACUAGCGCACACUACUUCAAGGCAGACGUGCAACACGUGAACACUAUAGUAUUCCCAUAGUAAUUACAGUACGCAGAACCAGUUAUUUCAUUGUACUGGUUAUGUUUUCAUAUGCAGUGCUGUUUUUUUAAAUAAUUAAAAAAAAGAAUGUAUACCA